CCCAUCAACCUGAUCUGAAGAUCGAAAAUAGGAGGGCUUAUAGUAAUCAGCCCUUCAGACUCCCAUGACAAGGAAAAGUGUGGCAACGUCGUGGGAGCGCUCGGCACACACAGCAGGACGCUCACUGGCGCUGCGCGCUCAGCACAUAACCAACCAGAUAGCGCGCAGAGAGUCGGAGAGAAACGGGGACGGCAGCAGCAUCCUGAGACGGAUGCAUUUUUUGUGCUAAAAAUCGGACGCUUUGGAGACAGAAAACAACGAGAGUCAGAGAAAGACAGGACGGGAAAUAACGCGCUUUUUUUGGAGGGAUUUGAACAGAGUGCCAUUGUGCUCUAGUCUUCUCCGGAUGCACAGAAAUGGGGGAAUGGACUAUACUAGAGAGGCUCCUGGAGGCUGCUGUCCAGCAGCACUCUACUAUGAUAGGAAGGAUCCUACUAACAGUGGUGGUCAUCUUCCGGAUUCUAAUCGUAGCAAUAGUUGGAGAGACUGUCUAUGAUGACGAGCAGACCAUGUUUGUUUGUAACACCUUACAACCGGGCUGCAACCAGGCAUGCUACGACAAGGCAUUUCCCAUUUCACACAUUAGAUAUUGGGUUUUUCAAAUCAUCAUGGUGUGCACCCCGAGUCUUUGUUUUAUCACGUACUCGGUGCAUCAGUCGGCCAAGCAGAAGGAGCGGCGCUACUCAACAGUCUAUCUGACACUAGAUAAGGAUCAAGAUUCACUGAAGCGAGACGAGAGCAAAAAGAUAAAGAACACCAUUGUUAAUGGAGUACUUCAGAACACAGACAACUCCACCAAAGAAGCCGAGCAGGACUGUUUAGAAGUCAAAGAGAUCCCUAAUUCGGCAAUGAGAACUACAAAGUCCAAAUUGAGGCGACAAGAGGGCAUCUCCAGGUUUUACAUCAUCCAGGUGGUGUUCAGAAACGCCCUGGAAAUAGGCUUUUUGGUGGGUCAGUAUUUCUUGUAUGGAUUCAACGUCCCGUCGGUGUACGAAUGUGAUCGCUACCCCUGCAUAAAAGAUGUCGAGUGCUACGUCUCCAGACCAACGGAGAAGACUGUGUUCCUGGUCUUCAUGUUCGCGGUCAGUGGGUUUUGUGUGGUGUUGAACCUGGCAGAACUCAACCAUUUGGGCUGGAGGAAAAUCAAAACGGCCGUGCGAGGUGUGCAGGCUCGGCGGAAGUCCAUUUAUGAAAUCAGAAAUAAGGACUUGCCGAGGAUGAGUGUGCCUAAUUUUGGCCGCACUCAAUCGAGUGACUCUGCUUAUGUGUAACACAUGGAAAGGAAGGAGUGAAAACAUGUAAAUUAAAAAACCAUGAUGGACAUGAUGGACAGCUCCGCACGCCUAAUUCGUGUCAUGACUUUAAGAGUGGGCAGAUUUUUUUGAUUUGUUGGUCUUUUAAGGAGCUCAUGGCAAGCGUUGGUUACACGUUUGUUUACUUAUUUAUUAUUGCACUGAUGCAACUUUUUAGUAACGUUUAUACUCUGUAAGAUGCUAAAUGGAGACCAUGAUAACGUGUUCACAUAUUUACUCUUUGUGGGCUUGUUCUGCUGUACUUGAAAAGAGUAAAUGCAAAAAUUGCACUAAGAGGUGAACACUUGAGGGCCUGACCUUAUCCAAAAUGUGCUACUGACCUGACGGUGUUUUAAGACAUUUUCUUUCCACCUGUUUUUGGCAUCAACCUAAUUAACGGCACCAUACACAGUGGUUAAAGGACAAAUCUAUCAUCCAUAUUUAUAUAUGCAUAGAUAUAUAUAAAUCCAUACUGACUAAGGUUCAACCUAGUUGAAAUACAUCAGCGUAAUUCAUGUUUUUAUGUUGCCUGUGUUGCACCACUGACCUUAACAUAUGUAACCAUUCCAUUGCUUUAUAGCUGACUUGCAAAACAGUAUCUGUUGAAUUUGCUGCAAAUGCUAACGUCUGUGACUUCCUUAAUUUAUGACACACCAAAGCGCCCACUGCUUUUAUUUGUGAAGUGUUUUUCUUGCUUUUCUGUAAUCAAGUGCCAUACUUGUAUAUAAACAUGAUAUAUAUGUAUACAUAUAAAUAUAUAAAUAUAUAAUAAUCAUCAUGAGAGCUGAUUCCCUGCUUGGAUUAUGCUAAAUGCCGCCCAAAUUUUUUAUUUGCUUUAAAUGUAUUUGUUGUGAUUUAAAUGAAGAAAAAAAAUAAUAUGUACAGUUUUUCUCUGUUUUAUUUUGCAAAUGACUGGAAAAAGAAAUGAAGUGCUAGUCUUUUUUUUAUAUACAAGAAGUAAAUGUUUCUCCCUAAUCAAAGCUGUUCAAAACUGGAAAAUAGCACAAAUUGACCUUUUUAUUAAAGAAUGGGCAAAAGAAAUCUGCUCGGGUGCUACAGUUUUUCUUAUUGAUUUAAAUGUAACCGAAACAAACCAGAAAAAAAAACUCAAACAUCAUUUUUCUUCUGUGGAAAAUAAAAGUGGGAUUCAUGUACACCA